UGGCCCGAGGAACGCUCCGUACUUAGGGGUGUGGCACAACGGGAGACGUAAAAGGAAUUUGUGUUGCGAUUGGCUCACCCUUCCUAUUCCCGGAAUUCGAUGGGGUUCGCACGCAGGCCAAAGGAAGUGCGGCUGACGUCCUCGCCAACUUGGAUAGCGAACAUGCCCCGGUAUGCGCAGCUGGUCAUGGGCCCCGCCGGCAGCGGGAAGAGCACCUACUGCGCCACCAUGGUCCAGCACUGCGAAGCCCUCAACCGCUCUGUCCAGGUGGUGAACCUAGAUCCAGCAGCAGAACACUUCAACUACCCUGUGAUGGCUGACAUUCGGGAGCUGAUUGAAGUGGACGAUGUGAUGGAGGAUGACUCUCUGCGGUUCGGUCCAAAUGGAGGAUUGGUGUUUUGCAUGGAGUAUUUUGCCAAUAAUUUUGACUGGCUAGAGAAAUGUCUUGGCCAUGUGGAAGAUGACUACAUCCUUUUUGACUGUCCAGGUCAGAUCGAGUUGUACACUCACCUGCCUGUGAUGAAACAGCUGGUCCAGCAGCUGGAACAGUGGGAGUUCCGAGUCUGUGGCGUGUUCCUUGUUGAUUCUCAGUUCAUGGUAGAGUCCUUUAAGUUUAUUUCUGGCAUCCUGGCAGCCCUGAGUGCCAUGAUCUCUUUAGAAAUCCCACAAGUUAACAUCAUGACGAAAAUGGACCUGCUGAGUAAGAAAGCUAAAAAGGAAAUUGAGAAGUUUCUAGAUCCAGACAUGUAUUCAUUGUUAGAGGAUUCAACCAGUGAUUUAAAAAGCAAAAAGUUUAAAAAAUUGACUAAAGCUGUAUGUGGACUGAUCGAUGACUACAGCAUGGUCCGGUUUUUACCGUACGAUCAGUCAGAUGAGGAAAGCAUGGACAUCGUCCUACAGCAUAUCGAUUUUGCCAUUCAGUACGGGGAAGACUUGGAAUUUAAAGAACCAAAGGAGCACGAAGAUGAAUCUUCCUCUAUGUUUGAUGAAUAUUUUCAAGACCAGAAUGAAUGAAACAUUUACUAAAUGUCAUCAUACAUAUGUGAAGAUCUUGUGGCCAAAUUGGCAGAAUAUUCUGUUCAAAGGAGACAGUAGGAGAAAGCUGCUUAUUUUAAUGAAAAAAGGAGUACUUGGCUCUUUGCCUGGAGCAUCCCUGGAUCAGGUUCUAAGUUACUGUGAAGCUGCUGUGUCUAAAGGGGAAUCUUACAGACUUGGACAAGGAGCUCAGCAGUAGAACACUGAAGCAUAUGCAGAGCCCGCCUUGAUUCCAUAAAAGGGGGUGGGAUGGAAUCUUUAGUAGGAUUCUGAUAGCAUCAGUUUAAUUACAUUCUUCUUUUUAGGCUUUAUGAAGGCUAGUCUGGCCUUAAAGUCAUUAUGUAAUCUACCAAACUGGAACUCAUGGCAGUCUUCCUGCCCCAGCCCCCCAAGUGCUGGGAUUACAGAUGUGUGCCACCACACUUGAUUU